AUGCGUUCGUCGUUGGGAGCGCUGGCGUGCUGCUGGCUCCUGGCGGCCGCGGACGCCGGCGCGAUGCGUUCGUCGUUGGGAGCGCUGGCGUGCUGCUGGCUCCUGGCGGCCGCGGACGAGUCGGCGGCGCCGACGGCGCUGCCGUCCUACAGCGCGAGCCCGACGGUCGCGCCGUCGUCGCCGCCCACGGCGUCGCCGUCGUUCAGCCACGACCCGACCCUGAGCCCGUCGACGGCGGCGCCGACGUCCAGCUUCGCGCCGACGACGUCUCCGUCCUACGCGCCGACCUACGCGCCGAGCACGGCGGCGCCGACCACGGGCGCGCCGACGGCGACCCACCGGCCCACCGCGUCGCCGACGACGGCCGCGCCGACGACGGCCGCGCCGUCCGCGGCGCCGUCGACGGCCGCGCCGACGGAGGACCCGACGGCCGCGCCGACGCCGACGCCGUCGACGGCCGCGCCGACGACGGCGAGCCCGUCGUUCUCGCCGACGACCAGCCCCCAGCCGACCGCGAGCCCCCGUCCCACGGCGACGCCGACGACCGCGCUGCCGUCGUCCUCGCCGACGACCGCGGCGCCGUCCUACGCGCCGACGACGGCCGCGCCGUCGGCGACGGCCGGCCCGACGACCUUCGCGCCCGUGCCGCGGCCGGACCCGGGCCUGCCCGGGAGCGAGUACACGGAGCCGCCGACGACCGCGGCCCCGAGCGCGGCCCCGUCGUAUCGGCCGACGCAGGAGCCCACGAGCCCGCCGCCCUUCGCCGUGGUCAUCGCGUCGUCCUUCCCCGUGCGCAUCACGGGCGGCCUCGCCAACGUCACGGCGGCCCUCGUGACGCCGCCGACGGCGAAGACGCUGGUGCGAGUGCUGUCCGUCGUCGACGACGAAGCCGCGACCCUUUUCGCGGACCUCCGCGGCGCCACGCAGCCGCGGACGCCGGCGCCGAGCGCCGCGCCCUGCGCGGAUUCGGAGAGUUGGACCUUCGACGGCAACGACGCCAAGGACUGCGCCUGGGUCGCGGAGAAGCCGGACGCGCGCUGCGCCAAGGUCGGCGGCGACGGCGAAACCGCCGCGGACGCGUGCUGCGCGUGCGAAGAAGCCGCGCCGAGCGCCGCGCCGACGGCCUACUCCUACUCCUACGCGGAGCGGCGGCUCGACGAGACCUACAGCUACAGCUACGAGGCGCCGGACGCGUUCCUCUCGUUCAACUUCACCGCGGACGGCGGCGGCGACUCGGACUUCCUCGCGGCCGGCGACGUCGUCGACGCGUUCGUCGCGGACGCCGUCAACGCGUCGGACUUCGGGGUCCUGGACGCCAUCUUCAAGAGCUACGCGGCCGACCUGCCCGUGGCCGUCGACAUCCUGCGCUUCGACGCGGCCUGGCUCCGCGGGGCCACGAGCGUCGCGAACUACACGUCGGCGCCGCGGAAGCGGAGGAAGGACAAGACCUUCGAGCUCUGGGUGAAGCGCGCCUUCCGCAAGGUGCGGCGGAAGCGCGACUCCACGCUCUUCUACAUCCUCUACCCGUUCAUCUGCUGCUUCUGCUGCGGGUGCUGCCUGACGCCGCUGGCGAUCGCGCGGCGCGGCCGGCCCCCGAAGCCGCCGCCGCCGCCGCCGCCGGACGUCGAGCGGCCGCCGCCGCCCGUCGUCGCGCCGGCCGUCGUCGAGCGGCCCGCCGCCGUCGAGGCGCCCGCCGCCGACGACCGCGCGGACGUCGCCGACCUCCGCGACGGGCGACGGCCGUCGACGCCGCCGCGCGCGAUCGAGGCGCGGGAGAAGCGCGCGCUCCUCGAGGACGUCGACGACGUCCUGGCGGACUUCCGGAAGCAGAUGACGGCCGUCGACGCGCUGGCGCCGACCUACGCCGUCGCGAAGUGGCGCUGGGCCGACGAGGACGCGAACCCGAAAUCGCCGAUGCGCCUCUUCGGCCGCCACCGCCGCGGCGGCGCCACGCGACGUGACGACAGCGAACACCGAGGCGAGGCAGCAAUGGCAAGCUUCGCGGCGACGGAGCAAGCGGCCUUCGUCCUGCCCGACGCGGCGGACGUGCUCGAGUCGGCGACGCCGGCGCUCACGAGCUUCCGCGUCGUCGUGACGCCGCACCGCUGCAUCAAGGUCAUCCUGCACUACCAGGCCGGCUACCCGGCGACCGCCGCCGUCGUCGAGGUGCGCAACCCGGCCUACCCGCCGCCGCUGCUGAAGAAGAUCCUCGCCGCCGCGGAGGACGCGGCGGCGGCGGCCGCCGCCGAGGGCCGCGGCGCGCUCGCGCCCGUCGCCGCCGCCGCGCGCGCGUUCCUCGAGGGCAACCGCUUCGUGCCCUGCUGGCGCGAGCUGCGGCGCUGCGCUUUGCUCUGCGAGCGCCGCGGCGGCGGCAUGGCGGGCGCGAACCCGGCGAAAGGCGUCGCGCGCUUCGCGGCGAAGACGGGCGCCUACGCCGUCGAGUUUUCCGUGACCGUGCCCGCGGACUACCCGGCCGCGGGCGUCGAACUCGCCGUCCGGGCGUCGGACUUUUCGCGGCCGCUCGUCGACGUCCAGCUCGCGCAGGUGAGGGAGCUCGUGCGCCGCUGCGCGGCCGGCGCCGACGUCGACGCGGCGAAGCGCCUGAGCGACCCCGUGGCCGCGUCCGCCGCGCGCCUUGGCGCCGGCGACGACCGCGGGCCCCGCGUGACGGCCAGCGGGGCGCACUUUCGAUCGCUGAAGUGGGACAUGAAGGCGCUGAAGAAGAUCGCGGACCUGCGCGACGUCGGCGCGGAAAGGACGAAGCGCGGCGUCCCGGCCCACGGCCGCGAGGAGCGCAGGGGCGCGAAGCGGGAGCUGAAGACGCUCGCGCGCUUCGAGGGCGCGCGCGACGCCGCGGCGCACGCGGCGCUGUCGGCGACCGCGGCCGAGGCCGCCGCGGCGCCGCCCGUGCCGUCGCUGUUCGCCGCCGUCGAGGCGCUCGUCGACGACUUCGCCGCGCGGCUGCCCGAGGAGACGUGCCAGUGCUGCGGCGCGCGCGUGCUCCCCGAGGACCCGGCGUGUCCCGCCGCCGCGGGCGACGAACCGACGCGCGCCCUCUGCGGCCACUGGUUCCACUACGCGUGCCUCGAGAAGGCGCUCACGGGUCCGCCCUUCGCGCUCUCCUGCGGCGCCUGCGACCGGCGCGUGUGGCACCCGGCCUGGCCCGACGCGGCGAAGCUCAAGGAGGCCUGGCACGCGCGCGAGCGCCCCCGCGACGCGACCAUGCACCGGCUGCGGCUGCUCCAGGCGGCCUGCGCCCCGUUGGGGUCGCCCGGCGAGAAGCCCGAGGCCUGGCUCUUCGUCUGCGGCGUCGACGGCAAGGACAACUGGGGCUCGGCGGCGGCGCUGCGGUGGCUCGUGCUCGGCGAGAGCGGCCGGGGCCUGCUCGAGGAGCGCGUGCGGCCCUUCUUCGUCGGGUCCGACGUGCCCCUGGCGUCCGACGCGGACCGCGAGGCCGUCGCCGAGGCCCUCGAGGAGACCGUGCUGCUCGUCACGCGGAGCACCGUCUCGCUGCUCUACGACGCGCGCGCCGCGCCCGCGCUCGCGACGCUGCUCGUCUGCCCGGGCCUGCGCGAGUACGUCGUGGAGUGCGCCGGCGGCGACGUCGACGCCGCCGAGGCGGCCAAGGCCGCCGGGUUCGUGCGGCUCGUGGCGUGCGAGGUGGGCGCGGCCGGCGCGCGCGUCGGCGUCGUGCUCCCGCGCGGCGCCGAGUCCGCGGCGGAGGACGUCGAGUACUGGCCCCUCGUCCAGGCCCUCGCCGUCGGCGAGGCGCCGGGGCUCCACGGCAGGGGCGACUUCGGCGGCUUCUUCAGCCAGCGCCACGACGUCGUGGACGCGACGGCGACGUUCAAGGCGUGCGUCGGCGCGCUCGACGGCGCGCUGCUGCGGGACCGCCUGGCGGCGUCGACGCCGGCCCUGCGCCAGCACGUCGAGGAGACGUUCCGGGCCAUGCGCGGGCCCGGGGGCCUCGGCGUCGCGCCGGACCUCACGGAGGCGCGCGCGGCGGAGCGGCUCGCGGCCUUCUUCGACUACGGCGAGGCCGAGCAUCCCGCUGUGCCGAAACCAAAUCUUCAACCCGACUUCAAUGCGCCCUUCGCGCUCCUGGGGACGCGCACGUCGUCGAGCAUGUGCGCCGACGGCGCCUCGGACGCGACCGCGGCGGACGCGACGGCGCCGCAGAUCGUGGUCCAGGCGCGCGACCCGACGUCCGGGCUCCGGCUCUGCCGCACCUACGUGUUGGGCGCGGGCGUCGUGCCGGUUGUCCCCGGCGACGACGACGACGACGACGACGACGACCGCGAAACGGCCGCGCCCGCGCCCGCGGCCGGCGCCGUACAGCGCGUCGCGGAGGCGUACGCGGGCCUCGCGCGCGCGCUCCACGGCGCCGCGCCGGCCGCGCUCGCAAAUGCGGCGACGCUCACGGGCCUCGAGGCGCCCCUGCGGGACGCCGUGCUCGCCCACCUGCCCCCGGGCGCCGGCGAGAGCUUGGUGGUGGCCACGGACGCGACGGACUGCGACGGCCGGCCGCUCGUCGACGCGGGCGAGCUCGGCAAGCUGGGCUGCCUCGUCUACGUGCGCCUGACCCUGUCCCUGGGGCCCCUGGGCGCCGUCGCCGUCGGCGACACCUUCCUCUUCCCGCCGCCGCCGGGCGCCGGCGCGCCCGGCGCGUUCCCGCUCCUCCAGGGCGAGGGCGCGCUGCUCACGGGCGACCGCUGCGCGCCCUACGCGCAGCCCUUCGGCGCCUGCGGCGGCCCGGAGUUUUCCGCCGCCGGCGCGCUCGCGCGGCGCCUGCGGGACGUCCACUUCCCGCGGCGCGACGACGUCGCGCUCGGCGCGCGGCUCGAGGGCUUCCCCGCGGCGACGUUGCUGGUGACGCCCGCGGCGCCGCACCUCCCCGCGGCGCUCACGGGCCGCCUCGACGUCUACGAGCGCGGCUUCGUCCUGCACGAGGCCGGCGUCGCGCCGCUCGUCGUGUCCUUCGGGCGGGGCGACGUCGACGACGUCGCCGUCGGCGCGCGCGCGGCCUGCCACCUCGUCGCGCUCGCGUGCCCGCGGCACGCGCUCGCCCACGCGGCGCCCGCGGGCGCGAUCCUCGACGAGGUCUGCCUCGUCGUGCCCGCGCGGAGCGAGGCGCACCGGUCCCUCGAGCGCCGGCUGAGCGACUGGCGCGCAGACUGCCGCCGCGCGCGGCCCGCGAACUUUUCCGCCGCGUCGGCGGCGCGCUUCGCCCGGCCCUUCGACGCGCUCCACGCGGACCAGGCGGCGGGCCUGAGCCGCUCGUCGCGGGCCUGCGGCGCGAGCUCGUCGGCGCUCGUGGGCGCGCUCCUCGGCGCCUUCGAGGCGCGCGUCGAGGACGACGCGCGCGACCGGCUCCACGGCGUCGUCGAAGCUCCCGGGCGCGGCGCUCCUCCGCCACGGCCCGCGGGCGUUUUUUCGCUCCUGGGCGCGCCGGGCUCCGGCGUCGGCGACGUCGCCGCGGCGCUGCUCCGCCGGGGCCGGGAGUCGGACGGCGUCGCCUGGGUCCACGUCGAGGGCGCCGUCGACGCGGCGACGCUCGCGCUCGACGUGCCCGCGACGGCGGAGCGCCUCGCCGCGGCGCCGCCGGGCCGGCUCCUCCUCUCCUGCUGCUGCCUCGACGGCGCGCUGGCCGUCGCCGCGGCGGCCGCGGCCGCGCGCGCGGAGCUCCGCGGAUUGGCCGCGGUCGCGCGCGACCCGACGUCCGGGCUCCGGCUCUGCCGCACCUACGUGUUGGGCGCGGGCGUCGUGCCGGUAGUCUCCGGCGACGACGACGACGACGACGACGACGACCGCGAAACGGCCGCGCCCGCGCCCGCGGCCGGCGCCGUACAGCGCGUCGCGGAGGCGUACGCGGGCCUCGCGCGCGCGCUCCACGGCGCCGCGCCGGCCGCGCUCGCCGCCGCGGCGACGCUCACGGGCCUCGAGGCGCCCCUGCGGGACGCCGUGCUCGCCCACCUGCCCCCGGGCGCCGGCGAGAGCUUGGUGGUGGCCACGGACGCGACGGACUGCGACGGCCGGCCGCUCGUCGACGCGGGCGAGCUCGGCAAGCUGGGCUGCCUCGUCUACGUGCGCCUGACCCUCGCGGAGCUCCGGGCGUCGACGCUGGCCGUGGCGGCACCGCGGGACCGCGACGCCGCGCGGCCCGCCCUCCGGCGCCUCCUCGACAACGCGCGGGCCAAGGUCGAGGGCAAGAAGGCCGUCGACGGCCGCCUCGCGGCGCUCGACCACGACCUCCGGGCCUUCCGCGCGAAGCGCCCGGCGUUCCGCGCGCUGACCGCGCUCGCGGGGUCGCUGCGGCUCGCGGAGAACGGCCGCCGCGUGGCGGCGCCCUGCGGCCUCGACGGCAAUGCGCGCGUCGCGUCGCUCUGGGCCCAGCCGCGGAACCACGCCGCGCGCGCGGGUCCGCUCGUCGUCGUCGCCGCGGGUCCCGGCCUCGACGCGGACGCGCUCGAGCACGCGCUCCUCCUCGCGAGCGCCGAGCCCGCGGUGCCGCGCGCGAAACGCGACCGCGCGUCGCUGACCGACGACGACGUCGCGGCGCUCGACGCCGCCGCGCGCGACGCCGGGGCCCCGCUGCCGCCGGGCUGGGCCUUCGACGGGUCCGCCUACGCGAGCUUCGACGGCAUCCGCACGAAGCUCCGGCCCGACAUCGACGCGCUCGUCGACGCGCACCUGGCGGGCCUCAACGCGCAGAUCGACCGCGAGAACGCCGCCAUCGCGGCGAACGCGGGCACGCGCACGGCGGCCUCCGCGUCGGCCUCGAACUCGGGCGCGUCGACGGAGCCGGCCAUGUCGGCGCCGAGCCUCGCGAGCCUGCGCGCGACGCGCCCCGCGCUGCCGAAGCCCGUGCGCGGCGGCGCGCAGCGGCUGCCCGCCGUCGCCGGCGCGAGGAAGCCGCCGGCGAAGAAGCCGUCGUCGGCGCCGAAGCGCGUGACCAUCGCCGAGCCCGGCGAACACACCCCAGAGGCGCCGGGCGAGGGAUUGGCCCGCGGCCGCGCCGUCGGCGCCUUCAACCUGGCCAAGCCCAAGCACCCGAAUUUCGCGGAGUCGGAGUGGGAGAACGAGCUCGCGCGGUCCAUUUUGGUGCUCUACGGGUCCGCCAUGGGCGCCGACGAGGACGUCGAGGGCGCGGAGAACGACUUCGCCAUCGACCGGGACGCCGUGCGCGUGCCGCGGGACAAGAUCACGCGCGAGGAGGUCCGCGCGGGCGCCGCGCGCGAGGCGCGCGACAAACGGCGGACCGCCGCCGCGCGCGAGGCGCGCGACCGCAAGAAGCGCGAGAACCCCUUCAAGCACCCGGAGCGGCCCAAUAGCGCCGAGGCCAAGCCGCGCAAGGCCUUCCCCUUGCUGAGCGCCAAGGUCCAGCCCAUCUGGCCCAUCCAGUCCGAGUGGGCGUCGCUCGCCGAGGGCGACGCGCUCGCGCUGGAGCUCGGCGCGCUCGAGGAGGCGGGCCUCUACGCCGCCUACCUCGAGCGCGUCGAGGCGUCGCUCAACGUCUACGGCCAGAAGCUCGACGAGCGGCCGGGCGACCUCUACAAGCGGCUCUGGCGCCGGCCCGCGCGGAAAUCGACCGGCGACGUCGGGGCCAAACUUCAGAAAUCUCGAGCUCGGCGCCAGCUCGCGGUCACCGCGAACGUCUUCGGCGCGCGCUGCGUCGAGACGCGGCGCUUCGCGCCGGCGCUGGAGAUCUUGAAGACGGCGGAGCGGCUCUGCGCCUGCCCGGAGAUCCUGGACCGGGGCGAGAUGGCGCAGCUCCGCGCGUUCGUCGACGACUCGCACGCGUUUUACUACUACACGCGCGCCAAGGCGCACGCGGCGCUCAUGUACGCGACGCGGGCCAUGCGCGUCCACGCGCGGCGCCGCGACUGGCCCCACGUCGCCAAGCGCCACGCCGAGGCCGCGCGGUGCCUCGGCCAGGUGCUCCACCUCGUCGAGACGGGCGAGCUCGACGACCGCGGCGACGCGCCCCACAAGCUCUGCCUCGUCGCCGUGACGCACCACAACAUCGCCGUCGAGCAGCUGCUCCUGCACCACGUCGAGGAAGCCGUCGUGUCCGCGCGCGGCCGCGCCCCCGCGCAGAACGCGCGUCGCCUCGCGCGGCUCUGCCUCUCCUACUCGAACCGCUGGCUCGACAAGUUCGAGUCGACGCACCGCUGCGCGGCCGAGGCGCUGUCGGCCAUGGGCGGCGGCCUCGCCGAGGGCCUCGACAAGGCCCGGGGCCGCGGCAAGGGGGGCCGCGGCGAGGGCGGCCGCCUCACGCUGACCCACGGCGCCGCGCCCAAGGAGCGGCGGAAGACCGUCAUGAUCGCCGCCGGCUAG